GUUCGUAGUUCACGUGACAUUCAGCAAGCCUCUGACUCGAGCAAGUUGCGGAGAAGAACACAACAGAGAAGUCUUCCAUACGAACUCAGACGUCUCACGAAACGCUGCCAACCAAACAAGAUGUUUUCUCUCGGGGAGAAGGUGGAGUUUCUCCUAGCUAACCCGUUUUCCACACCUGUUGGCCAGAGAAUCGAGCAAGCGACCAGCGGCUCUCGGCAGUCAGAGGACUGGGGACUUAACAUGGAGAUAUGUGACAUCAUCAAUGAGACGGACGAGGGACCAAGAGAUGCAGUCAAAGCCAUUAAGAAGAGGAUCGUAGGUAACAAGAAUUUUAGAGAAAUCAUGUUGGCCCUGACUGUUCUUGAGACAUGCGUAAAGAAUUGCGGCCAUCGCUUCCACGUGUUUGUGGCGUCACAGGAGUUUGUUGAAGGAGUUUUAGUGCGAGCCAUUUUGCCCAAAUAUAAUCCGCCCACUGUUCUCCAUGACAGGGUGCUCAGUCUCAUACAAUCAUGGGCUGAUGCUUUCCGUACUUCCCCCUCCCUUGGGGGCGUGGUCUAUGUUUAUGAUGACCUGAGAAGACGAGGUUUGGAGUUUCCCAUGACAGACUUAGAUGCUCUAUCGCCCAUUCACACUCCCAGCAGGACUGUGCCAGAAAACGAAACCCACCAGUCCACGGAUGCACCUCCUCAUCAGUCACAACCGCAAACUCCCUCCAGUUGUCCUACUACAAAUUCUUCACCUGCAUCUCAGCCCAUUGAGGGACUACCUGCCCUCUCGGCAGAGCAGAAAGACAAGCUGCAGCAAGAACUUGCACUUGUAAAGGGAAACCUCAUUGUCAUGAAUGAAAUGCUGAAUGAAGUUAAACCCGGACAGAGCAAGCAGGAUGAUACAGAACUUCUGCAGCAACUCUACUCAGUGUGUAAGAACAUGCAAACUCGAGUGGUGGAGCUCAUCCCCCAGUUGCUGGAUGAAGGACUCAUUGAGGAGCUUCUUGUGGUUAAUGAUGACCUCAACAAUGCUUUCAUCCGUUACGAGAGGUUUGACAGACUUAACAAGGCACAAAUGACAAAUACUGAAGAAAGUCCUGUCAGCCACCUGAACCUCAUCGACCUCAGUCCAGAGCCCUCAAGACUCAACCAGCCUGCUGUCAUCACUACAAACAAUCAACCUGAAGUCAACACGUGGACCAAUCAGAGGCAGUCGGACAACCACAUAGAUGAGGAAGAGUUUGAUAUGUUUGCUCAAACCCGAGGAAGCUGCUUAGCAGAGCUGAGAAAGAGUGUUAGGUAUGAAGACCCUGGCGCUGUAGAGGGUCUUGCUGGGGCUCUCGACUCAAAGCUGCAAGUCACAGGAAAUAUGGAGCAAGUAAAAAACACUCUAAAGAACAAUGUGGAUCAAUGGCUGUCUUGUGACAUGGAAGACCAAUCUGCGGUCAGUGAGGGAGUAUCCAGUGAAGAGUUUGAUAAGUUUUUGGAUGAUCGUGCAAAGGAAUCUGACCAGCCUAGCCAUACGACCUGUGGCACACUGCCUUCCCCCGCCAGGCUGCUGCCACAGGCGACAAAGCAACAGGACAGUUCACAUGACCAGCUUUUUUCCCUCUAGGUUUGGGAGCCAUGAUAAAAGAGCAAAUAGAUGUUUUUUGUUUGUUUGUUUGUUUGUUUAAUAAACAAGCAGAUGUGAUCACUGAAAUAUGAGUACAACUAUGGCCUUGAAAGCCAUGUUUUAACCAAAUGGUCCAUUUCAGUAAAGCUCUUCAUGGUGCAGAUUAGAACAAUAAAUACCUUAUUCAUCCCAUGAGCUAAAUUAAUGUUCACAUCAGCAGUAUUCACCCAUAUACACCAGCAUCACUGGUAUGGAAACAAACAGCAAUGUAAAAAAUAAACACAAAGAGCAACAUUGGGAAGGAAUUAAAAAAACAAUCUAAGCGCGAAGAAUAAGAGCAGAUGCGGAGGAUAUUUCCUGUUUUUUUAGUGGCAACUGAUAAAUAUUCCACUUGAGUCUAGUUAAGUUAGACCAUGGUGACAACGGCUGGGUGACAUCAUACAAUACGUAACAAAAGAAUACCGUGACACAGAGGACAAAGGACAAUACUGUUGACUGUUGAAUCAGGAGACGGCAGUGUGUCUGUGACUUCCCUGUGGAUACAAUACCAUUCUAGAUUGUGCUUCGAAUAAAUGGUGUCAACACUUAGCCUAGAUUUGGUAUUUUGUUACCCCGCCCAUUAAUUGACUGUAGAAAUGCAAAAAAGAAAAAAAACAUUGUCAACGUGAUACUAAAAUGAGCCAAGCAGAACUGCUUGGGAAAUUUCCUGUAGACCAAAACCUGC